AACAUGGUGUAACCAUUCUGUAACCCGAAAAAAAGCAUGGUUUAUUCUUCCUUAUACUGAUAAAGUUUGUACUUUGUAAUAUCAGUCAGGUCAUGAGCAGGUACUUAAUUUCAGACGGCGUCAGAACUUAUUUGUUCAGGACUUUUAUUUUAAAAGAAAAGUUGAAACGUUAUUCAAAGGUAUGUAUUAGCCAAAAAGGAGUUGUUUUGAAUAGCUCAGGUUGCCGGUUUUACUCGACCAAAACAGACUCUGCCCAACCGGAGGAAUGUUUCGAGAACAAAAUUAUUUACAACUCUGUCAUCAACAAGUACAACUUCAUUCAACGAAAGAUGUUGGAAAAGCAUUCGGAAGAGGAGCCUGUCGAGGUUUCCUCGUACGCCCUCAGGCUUAUUUCGGAUGAUAUGAAAUGCGAUGAAAACAAGGAGGAGGAUUGCGAAGAGACGGAUCAGGUCCGUUUUCCCUUCUCGUCUGACAUCCUCAACACUAAAGUCUCUGUACACGACGUCGAAGAAAGAAGCGAAGAUAUAGACUGGGACAGUGAAAAUUGGAGAACGCAGAGCGUGGUUCCAUUGAACGCCAGGGGAAAAAAAUGGAUGAAUGACUACGAACAAUAUACACUCGACGAAACAGAGGAAACAGAUUUCGGAGAUUGGAACUUAAAUUAUGGAACAUGCAAUCCUAAUGUUCCGGUUAGCAAAGUGCCCUGUGGUGGAUGUGGUGCAUAUUUACAUUGCCAGGAUUUUUCUAUACCUGGAUACUUACCAUAUGAGAUCUUCAAAAAGUGUACAGAUGUUAAUUUACGGUCAAUCACUUGCCAGAGGUGUCAUUUCUUUACAAACUACAAUGCUGCAUUGUCUGUCACGGUAGAUCCUGAUUCGUAUCCCACGCUGAUUUCAAAAAUAAAGAAUGAAAAAGCGAUGGUUUUGUUAAUGGUCGAUUUGACAGACUUUCCAUGUAGUAUAUGGCCAGGUCUCUUAGAUUUAAUAGGUAAAAAACGACCAAUAUUCUUGGUCGGAAACAAAGUAGACUUGCUCUGGGGAGAUUCAAAAGGAUGGUUUAAUCAUGUACAAGAGGUUCUGAGGAAGGCCCUUCCUCGUGAAGCUCGGGUUGAACAUGUACAACUUAUCUCAGCCAAAACGGGUUUCGGAGUCGAAGAGCUCAUCACGAAACUUCACAACGUCUGGAGGUACAAGGGUGAUGUUUAUCUUGUCGGAUGUACGAACGUCGGCAAGUCCACUCUUUUUAAUUCAUUACUGCAGUCCGAUUAUUGCAAAGUGAGGGCGAGGGAUUUCGUGCAAAGAGCCACUACUUCCCCAUGGCCAGGAACGACUCUUAAUCUACUUAAAUUUCCCAUUAUGAAUCCGGAGGGUUGGAGGCUGUAUUUAAGGACUAUUCGUUUGCUUCAAGAUAAAAAGCAAAUUCACAAAGAAAAAAAGCUGAGAAAAGAACAGAUACAAUCUUUGAGAAUGAAACUCCAAACUCCACCACAAUUAAUAGGCCAUAUAGGAAAAACAUUCUACGCUAGUAAAACAAUGGGUGGCUCUGCUGAUGGUUUUUCAAUUGCUAACAGGGAGGAAAUGAAAGAUGCAGUCAUCCCUCAAUCGGGUUUGGAUCCAGAUGACAAGAACUUACAAAAAAGUCGUUGGGUUUAUGACACUCCUGGUGUGCUGCAUGACGCACAGAAUUUAGAUCUACUUACAACUGAGGAAAUUGUGCAAGUACUACCAAAGGAAAUGAUUGAGCCAAGGAGCUUUUUACUAAAACCAGAAUGGACUUUGUUUGUUGGUGGCAUGGCACGGUUGGAUUUCAUAAGUGGUAAUACAUUUAUGAGGUGCACUGUAUUUUCCUCGAAAUAUCUACCAGUUACCAUUUGCUUGACUUCAAACGCUGAGGAAGUUUACGAGAACCUCGUCGGCACUGACAAAAUGGGAAUUCCGAUCGGCAGAGGGGAAAGGCUGACGAAGUGGCCGGGCCUAGCGAAAGGGAAGGAGACAACUUUUUGCGGUUUGAGCAAAUAUGAAAGUUGUGCCGACAUAGUGCUCUCGUCUUGUGGAUGGGUCUCGAUUACACCAAACGAUAAAGAGAUGUGUACGUUACUUCCAUGGACUCCACAGGCAAGAGGGAUAUACGUUCGGAUUCCUGCACUGCUGCCUCAUGUUGUCAACCAACGGGGAAAGAGAAUUUCAAAACUCCCUGCUUACCAAAGAACAAAACCUAAUUACCUUCUGUUUUAGGGUGUUACAAUCUUUAUCAGUCAUGUAAAUAUUUGUAAAUAAAUUGUUUUAAAUUCUAUAAA